AUGGCGCGACGACCUCCUUCAAGACGAUCAAUAUCGAUGGAGGGCGACCGCACGCCGCGAAGGUCAUCAAUCGACACCCCAAACCCCGAUGUCUUCAGUGAUGAAUAUGCGGUCGACCCUGCAGAGUCAAUAGGCGCUUCAAGUCCGACGGACUCCAUUGGCAGUCGACCCGAAGAGCUGAACCUAGACCAGCGCAACGACACAAACAAUCAUCCUCGAGAAUACAUACCUCCUGGACUUUCUGGAAUCCCAAUCGGCCUAAGCCGACUUUCUAUCUCCAAGAGAACCCUUCCAGCCGAAUCCUCCGCCCAUCCCCACCGAGCCGUAUCAACCUCGUCCCGUUCCAUAGCAGAUACCCGAAGAACCCUCAGCACCUCGUCUCGAUUUUCCAUCCCACGGGCUCAGAGUCCUUAUCGGGGACCAACAGCCCCAAGUCAGCCAUAUGGACUAUAUCCUCAAGUUACAAGAGCCUCCAGUGUUAUCAGCGACUCGACUAUUCGGCCCCUAGAACUCCCCUUUGUACCACAAGGCGGUCCUGAACACCCAUAUUCUAUGUACCCUCAAAACACAGUCCCUGAAGAUGACAACUCGGAUGCUAGUAUCGGUUUGGGGUUUCCGGGAAUGGGUCAAUCAUACCCGCCUGGUACAAGUUCUUCCAGUAAUGAAGUGGGCGACAUUGUUGGGAGCGAUGGCCACAUCGAGCAAUUACCACCUUACAGCCGAUAUGCUGACAAUGUAAUCGCGAAGGGGGACAUGGCGACGAUAGACCCCCAGACGUCCUCCAUCACUGAAGAAUCAGCUACCGCCUCCACCAUCCAACCUCCUGCCGCUUCUGAUUCGGACCUUGAGUUAACGGCAGUUGGGACUGGCUCUUCUCAGGACGAAGUCGCCAAGAAAGAAGGGUUGGUUGAAAAGCGACGGAGAAGGACGUGCUGUGGACUACCGAUUUGGACGGUCGUCAUUGUCGCUGCGAUCGUGGUGCUAGCAGCGGUAAUUGGCGGUGUUAUUGGCGGUGUCGUAGGCAACCAACAUGGAACACACCAAGUCGAGGUCGCUGCGACUACCACAGUUUGGCUCGACGCUGACCCCGCUCAAACCGGUCCAUCAACACCAUCAUGCCCAACGGGCCACUAUACAAUCCCUCUGAACCAGACACAGCAGGUAGAUUCGUGCGUCGUCGACGAUGAAUACUCUCAUACAUGGGAAUGUCUAAACUUUGCUCUCCUUGGGAUCAAUGUCUUCCCAAGCGGGCCGAACUUUUCGGUAGUGUUCGAUGACUACUCUGUCAGACCUCAAUUAUUCAGAUAUGGACCGCAACCUCCCGAUUUUAACGGAACGCGUUUCGCAAUGCAACCAUACAAGGACAAGGAUGACGAUCAACUUGGUGUCGCCUUGUUCUUCAGUGUGCUGUUCGAUAAGCUCAUAAUUGUUCCUAACAUUGAACUCUCUCCUGACUCUGAUGAUCAUAUGAAACGCUCAGUAUCUGCACCAGAGUUGGCCCGAAGGGGGACGGGCAACUGGGGGGCCAGCUAUCUCGGUGUUGGUGACAAACCCUGGUACUGUUUCUGGAACUCCACCAUCAGCGAAUUCUGGGUCUUUUUGGAACAGGAUAUGGAUGACGCCUAUCAGACGUAUAAACCUAGCUCUACAAUAACGUCUGCGACUAGCGGACCCACCAGCGCUGGCCCUUACAGCACGUCACAUAACACGCCAGGACAUGGGACUGGACCGACAACCACAAACCCGUCAACAACCACACCGUACCCAAGUGAACCGACUGACGAAGACUACUGGCCCGACACGAAACUCAAACGUCAAGCCACCGUAGGCUCACCGGACUUUCCCAAGCUUGUCAAGAUGGUGGAGAAGCGGAAGCCUGACAACAAUGUGCAGCCGUAUUGCCAACAAAUGCAAGUGCUCAACAAUUGGCAAAUCAUGCCUAUACCCGAUGUGCCGACCAUCUGUAUCAAAGAGAGCGACUACGGCGCCCCUACUUCGGCCACCAGCAGAAGGAGAGUGAUGCCCAGACGGUCACCCAAUACAGUGGAGCAACUAGGGUCGAAUUGUAUUUGUGAAUGGUUCAGUGUAUAG